GUAAGUGUUUUGUAGUCGUUCUGUUCUACGCUUUUCGAUAUGGUUACGAGUUGUUGUGUCCCUGAAUGCAAUCAGAAAGGAAAGAAGACGCCCACAGGAGAGAAAGUUUCUUUCUUUGAAUUCCCACGCACUCCUACGAGGAGAAAACAGUGGAUUCACGCAAUUCGCCGUGAAGAAGGAAAGGAUUUUAAGAUCGUCGAUGGAACAAAAGUUUGUUCCCUUCAUUUUAGGCGAGAAGAUUUAAGAAAAUCAUUCAAUGGACGGGCUUAUGUGGUUCCCGGUGGCGUUCCAACCAGAUUUUCGUGGUCAGUUCCAUCUCCAAGGAAAAGAAAAGCUCCUCCAGAAAGACAUCCUCUGCCUCAGAAGAAAUUAUUUGCAACAACGUCUGCUUUCUCUGAUCACAUCGAGUUACAUGUAGUGAGCGAAACAGAUAUCACGGCGGAAUCACUUUCCGAGUCGACGGCAACUGCCUCUAACCGAAAUACUGAGCCAAACGAUACUUGUUCGGAGUUAAAUGCGCCAAAAAAGAUCGAGGAACUGGAAGAGGAGGUGUUAAAACUUCGACAGGAAAACACUGAGCUAAAAAAGAAAUUGGACGAGGUAGAGAAACAGAACGAGGCUAUCUCGGCCCGACUAUUUUCUCUGGAACGCUUUACAUCAGACGCUGACAUCAACUUUUAUACUGGCCUUCCAAAUUAUGCUACUUUCCUCGCCUUAUUUAACUUUUUGAACCCGGGUGAAAAUGGAGAAAACAUUCGUCCAAGAAGUACCUUAAAAGAUGUGCCAGAGGAUUUUUAUGAUGUGGACUCUGAUGAUGAAGAAAACAUUUCACCUGCAAAGAAAGGACGCCCACGAAAACUCAAACCAGUUGAAGAAUUUUUUAUUGUCUUAUGCCGCCUGAGAAGAGGCUUUUCAGAGCGCCAUUUAGCUCACUUGUAUGGUGUUGCCCAGUCCACCAUAAGCAGGCUUUUGGUGCCAUGGAUUAAUUUCAUGUAUCUGAAAUUUGGCCAGGUUUGCAUCUGGCCUCCUAAGUCAGUUGUUCAGGCAACUAUGCCUGCAGAUUUCAAAGAAAAAUUUCUCUCAACGCGAGUCAUUAUUGACUGCACAGAGGUCUUUUGUGAAAUGCCAAGCAGUUUGCUUUUGAACUCUGAACUUUUCAGCUCGUACAAAAACCAUGUGACAUUGAAAGGACUUGUCGGUAUUGCACCAAGUGGAGCUAUUACAUUUUGCAGUCAACUUUAUACCGGCAGCAUCUCUGACCGCGAAAUUGUUUUACGGAGUGGAUUUUUGUCCCAAUCCUUUGAAGAUGGUGACUCUGUUAUGGCAGACAAGGGAUUUCAGAUACAAGACAUCCUGCCCCUUGGUGUGGAUCUGAAUAUCCCACCCUUUUUAGGCAGUGAUGCUCAAAUGUCUGCCGAAGAUGUUGUUAGGACACAGCAGAUUGCAAGUCUUCGGAUACACGUCGAAAGGGCCAUCAACAAGAUAAAGAACUUCCGAAUUUGGAAUGGAGUUGUUCCUCUGAGUUUAUUUAGUGUCGUUAACCAAAUGUGGACUGUUUGUGCUUUCCUGUGCAACGCUCAGGAUCCACUCAUAUCUAAUAUCACAUGA